UGAGUAUCGAUAAGCUGAUGACACGUCCAGUUUAGUUUAUUUACAAAUUGACCAAAUCGUUUUAGCUUUAAUUUAUGGCUGAUUUUCAAGAGCAGCUGCGACAAUAUCGCCUUCAAAAGAGAAGGAAGGAGACUGUUGACAACUUUAAGGACAAAUUGCGCAGAUUCUGGAUGUUGGGGACUGGAGCUAACAAAGAUACAACCAUAGAGGUACAACAGGUACCAACAAAAGCGGAGGUUUCCACUGAAAACUCCCAUGACGAAGCUGCGGCGUCCUCCAGUGACAAUGAAUUGCUGCCAGAGGAGAGCAUCCCCUCCAGAUCCACAGAUCAUCACCAUAGGGAAAACAACGUUCUGAAAUACACCCUAUGGGCAGUCUAUCUUCUGUUCUGGAUAACUCUCUAUGUGAUAGCCAUUAAGCUGAGUUUCGGAUUGGUUUUCCUCAUGUUUUCCGCGCUUUUUGGUAUCUACUUCAAUACCCGAACGGAACCCAAGAAACGGAACGAGAUGAGCGCCUAUAGUGUUUUCAACAAAAAUUGUGAAAGCAUCGAUGGAACCUUAAAGGCAGAGCAAUUUGAGCGAGAAAUUCGCUAUGGAUCGGGAAGUGUACGGUAGGAAUAGAUUAGGAUAUCCCACUAAAAACUAGUAUAGGCAAUAUAAAAGUUGUAAACUGUUGAUUGUAACUAUUAAAUCCAAUUUGUAGUUGUCUUCUUAACCAAUCUAUAUCUCACCAUACUUUAUUUUUUGUACUACGUAUUGUUUCCGAUUUGUUAGCCACAAAUAAUAAUGUAAAUACAAUUCUAAGGUCUUCAUUUUUAUUGGUAAAGUAUAAAUUCAUCAAUUUUGUUUAAACGUUUUACACAACAAAAUACAAAUUGAAGUCUUAAAUUUUGUAUAUUAAUGGCCUCAAUUUGAAUAUCAAUAAAUUGAUUAUUUUAAAUAAGUGCAGACAAUAUUUGA